AUGUCAACUUAUGAUAUACCGCGUCCCUCUCAGGAGGCUGUUUUGCGACUGGAACCCUGGUAUCACGGGUUGUUGACCAGACUGCGAUCCGAAUGUCUUGUUCGGUCUGAAGGAGAUUUCUUGAUUCGUGACAGCAUUUCAUUCAAAGGCGACUUUGUGUUGACAGUAUUUUGGAAUGGACGUGCCAUACAUUUUCAAAUUAAUAAAGGCCCGUCACCGUUCAGUUCAAGCGGUUUUUUUUUUCAGUUCGAGGAAGAGCAAUUCGAAAAUGUACAAGAUUUGAUAACAUUUUAUCAAACACAUAACAAACCAAUCACUCGGAACAGUGGUUGUAUUAUAAAGAAUCCUGUACCCAAUACAACAUUCGUGACCCGCAAUUUUGAGCCACAACUUGAAAUUGAUCAAAAUUAUAUGAAAAUCCUUCGACCACAAAUGCUUAAAUUUGGUCAAGAGCGAUCGUUGACGCAGAAGGUCUUAUUAAAUGAAACACGAAAACAGUUGCAGUUAAAAGCAGCCCAACCAUCGUCACCUAGUUCACCGGUACCAUCUUAUGGAAAACCGCACCUUCCAUUGUCGAAUUUACUCAGUCGCCCUUUGCCAAAACCAAUUCAGUCACCUGUUGAAGAAGAUCAGGAUGAGUACUCUGAAGUAGAUUAUGACGCUAUGGAAGAACCAAAUGCUCCAGCGUUGAUUAUUCCAAAAGAGACUUCAGCGAUCGGAAGAGGUGAAUUCCCUAGUGCAUCAACUUCAAGAUUGUAUCAUCUGCAGAAUCACAAAUUAUCGUUGACCUCGUUAAAUUCGAUGCGCAGCGAACUGAUAGCUUCAAACAACGUGUUACCGCCAGCCAUAUCUGCAUCUUCUCUUGACAUCAGUAAACUGCAUUGGCGUAUGCCACGAAGCGACUCAUUCCCAGCACUCCCAAAACGAGAAGUAUCAUUUCCAAUUCGAGAUAGCGGUUGCGUAGUGGAUAAUUCUGAUUAUGAUCAGCCAAAGGCAUGUAUUAACAGUUCCACAAGUACGGCCAUCGAUUUGCAUAACUACCGGUCACCGCUUAUUGAGCUCAACAAUAAGACACAAACAGAGCAGUUAGAAAGGUUCAAAGAGCUAUUGUUAACGAAUAAACCGGAAAGUUGUGCGGAACUAAUAACUGCUGAGGAUUAUCGUUUACUGAGGCUUAAACGGAACUUUGAGAUACCACUUAAGGACUCAGCAAAAUUCAAACGAUUAAAUGGCUUGUCACUUAUUUUAUUGCCACACGGACAGAAUGUGAGAAAUGAUCUUCUGGAAAGAAAUUAUUCGUUGCAUUAUUUAUGCAUUUUGUCCGUAUUGCAUCAGGCGCAAAGUGCUCAACGUUGCGCCGUAUACAAUGCUUGGGUACAGAUUGCUCAUGCCUUAUUUUAUCGGUAUGGUAAUGCAUUUUCCUUCCUUACGCUUCUCGAUGCAUUAUGUUCAGAUCUUGUAAAAUCUGUUCCUGUCGAAGAGUACUCACGGACAAUGCAGCAGGAGCUUGAAUCGGUGGCGCGGAAAUUGCACCGAUGUGAGCCACUACCAGUUAAUUGUCCACAAAUCAACAUACCGUUUAUGCAACCACUCCUCGUCAUUCUCUCAAACAAUCCUUCUCCCCUCAGUGCUACGGGCAACGGCAUGAUGUGGGCAGCGGAAGUUGAUAAUUUGUGGAAAUGGCUUCAAGAAGGUCGACAUUGGGUCAAAAAAGCUAUCCAGCUUGGUGCAAACAGUUCAGAUUUAUACAAUGAGAAAAUAUCCUAUGGUGAUAACUUCCUGAGCACAGAAUUUAGUUUGAAACUAUUGUUUGGAUCGAAAGGCUAUUCGAUGGAUACUAAGAAACGAUAUGACCAUUUAGCUGCAAUGACCUAUGCUCUAAAAGAAGCGUUAUAG